CUAAUCUGUUAUGAAAAGAACUAUAACGUCUUAAAAUCCUUUCUGAUAGCUGACCAAACCGUGCGAAUUCUCCUUGUGGCUGUGAAUUAAGCGCCUUUUAAUACAGGAAACGUAGUUAAUGACGACUGCGCGCAAAGCGCCAAUUGAAGUCUGCUUGAGUGUGUGUAACCCGCAGCACUUCCCAAACUCAUCAGACUGCAGCGCUGAGCGCGCGGAGAGGGACUGACGGCGCUCAGUUUACGCAAACGGAGGACAUACGUUCGGCUUUGGCUAAUUUCGACUGUUGUGAUGCGCAUUCCCGUAGAUCCCAGCGCCGGCCGGAGGUUCAGUCCGCCGGUGUCGGUGAAGAUGAAUGAUGUGAACCCUAGCGCAGGACAGCAGCAGCAGCAGCAGCAGGACAGCGCGGUGGUGCCAAGACUCCGCGCGCAAGAGAACCGCUCCAUGGCCGAGAUCAUCGCCGACCACCCCGCAGAACUGGUGCGGACCGACAGUCCAAACUUUCUCUGCUCGGUUUUGCCUUCUCAUUGGAGGUGUAAUAAAACGCUACCUGUUGCGUUUAAGGUGGUGGCCCUGGGAGAGGUUCCUGACGGGACGGUGGUCACAGUGAUGGCUGGGAAUGAUGAGAAUUAUUCAGCUGAGCUCAGGAAUGCUUCAGGUGUAAUGAAGAACCAGGUGGCCCGCUUCAACGAUUUGCGCUUUGUGGGCCGAAGCGGAAGAGGGAAGAGCUUCACCCUGACGAUUACAGUAUUCACAAACCCACCGCAAGUGGCCACUUACCACAGAGCCAUAAAGGUCACGGUGGACGGACCGCGGGAGCCCAGGAGGCACAGGCCGAAGCUGGAUGACUCGCCGAAGGCCGGACUCUUCUCUGACCGCCUCAGUGAACUGGAGCGUAUCCGGCAGACCACCAUGCGGGUUACCAUGCCAACACAAACGCCACGGCCCUCGCUUAGCAACCCCAACUCCUUCACACCUCAGGGGCAGACGCAGAUAACAGAUCCACGCCAGGCUCAAUCUUCCCCACCUUGGUCAUAUGACCAGACGUACCCAUCCUACCUGGGUCCCAUGGCCUCCCCGUCCGUGCACUCCACCACCCCGCUCUCUUCCAGCCGGGCCACAGGGCUGCCGUCCAUCAGCGAUGUGCCCAGACGCCUCCCAGGUUCGACAGAUCUGAGUCCUUUUCCUGGCCAGUUUGAGCGUCAGUUCCCUGCUUUCUCCUCACUCACCGAGAGCCGGUUUUCCAGUCCCAGAAUGCACUACCCAGCCACCUUCACGUACACGCCCACCCCCGUCACCACCGGAAUGUCCCUCGGCAGCGCUCACUACCACACCUACCUUCCUCCGCCGUACCCCGGCUCCACCCAGAACCAAAGCGGACCCUUCCAGAGCAGCAGCACACCUUAUCUCUACUACGGUGCCUCCUCGGGCUCCUACCAGUUCUCUAUGGUUCCGGGAGGAGACCGAUCGCCCACCCGGAUGAUGCCACCUUGUACUACCGCGUCCACAGGAACCAGCCUGGUUAACCCAAACCUCCCGGUCCAGGCUGAUGGAAGUGGGGGGGUGGAGGGAGACGGUAGUCAUAGCAACUCCCCCACUCUGCUUCAUCCUGCUGGUAGAAUGGACGAAGGCGUGUGGAGGCCAUAUUGAUCAUUGAUCAGUUACGUGAGCAUAGAAACUCCAAACAAACGGCAUGGUUUUAAAGCACAAACCUUACUAGGAUGUUCAUCCUGUCUCGCUGAGCUACUUUCCCUCACUAACAUGAGUAUUUAUGAGCCUGUUAAAAGGGAAGUAUUUUUUACAUUGGACUUUGUUGUUGUUGUACAUUAUUCUGGACCUUUUGACCUCUGGGAAUCAUAGGCGGGAUUAUUUGGAAUUGAAGGAACAGAGAUGGAUGGAGUAUUUUAUUAGCAUUAUGUUAUUAUUUACUUGUCUUGGCAUGUUUUUUAAUAUAUCGUUUAAAGCACUGAACAACACCUGUAUGACUGUUUGUGAUCAAAUAUCUCUUUUUGUGCUUUUUUUUUUUUAAGUUAAGCAUUUAAGUUAUACGUAUUUGAUAAAAGGAUUUAAAGUAACUUAUAAAAGCCAUAGAUUCGUUAAUGUAUUUGGAACUUGAGUCAUAGAGGGAAUAUUUUUGUAAAGCAUCUAUGUUCAAGUUUAUGCAACUAAUUUACGGUAAUUUCUGUGCCUUAAUUGAUCACACAGAGUUGUAUGCUGAAGUCUCUGUGUCUAAGUACACUACAUUUGUAAGCAGUUAAUAUUGCUUGAUACUAAAUACUUUUUCACUGUUUUAAAGCUUUAAACCAAAGAAACAGCCACGGAUGCUCAAAAGUGUUUGCCAAUAUGCUAGAUCAAGCUUCCUUUGAUGUGCAUGUGCUGGGAUAAUUUAUAAUGUUGCUUAAUCAAAUGUGGCUGGGAAAGGUUUCCAGUGGGGGAAUAUUGAAGGUUCUGGAUGUGUCGUACACGGAUAUUCUUUUCCGCAUAACUGGAGCAAUACAUAUCCUCAAAAAAGUGGUAAUAAACUCAGUUAUGGCACUAUAAUACCAGUUGCAACAAUGCAGCUAUAAAUUAUUUUAGUUUUCAACAUAUGAAAUUGUUCUCAAUAUUUUCAGUUUUCAAUGUUUAUAAUAAUAAUAAUAAUACAUGUGUUUCGAGCAGCAAAUCAGCAUAUUAUAUUUAUUUUUAAAAAGGAUCACUGAAGACUGGAGUAAUGAUGCUAAAAAUUCAGCUUUGCAUCACAGGAAUAAAUUACACUUUAACAUAAUGUUCAGAUUUAAUUUAAAUAAUAUUUCACAGCAUUAUUGUUUUUACUCUGUUUUGAGCAAAUAAAUGUUCACAAAAAAGAGACUUCUUUCUAAAACAUUUUAAAAAAUCAUGCCCAAACUUUUGACCAGUUGUGUAGCUAUAUUUUAUUCCAUUGAUAUGGUCAGUUUUGCUAAUGAAAAUCUUCAUUAUCACCACAGAAAUGUGCAAAUUAGCUUCAUAAUUUCAGAAUACUAGUUUUCCUCUUGUUCACCAGUCAUCAACAGACUGAUUUACCCAACUAUAAUUGUCUAACAGAGUUAUACUCAUCAAGUGCCUUACCGCUGGAACUAUACAGACCUCACCAAACAACUGAAAGCUUUCCUCAAAGCAGUGCUCAUUAUUUGGCUUGUAAAGCCUAUAUUUAAGCAAUUAAAUUACAAUAGAGUUGGAUGUGUUUCUGACCUUCUUUAACUUAACAGUUUUCCAGUAUUGCAUGUCUGGUAGGACUAGUCAUGGUUGCUUGAAUUCAUCACAGGAUCCGGGUCUGCAUUCCCAGUUAUCCCAUCCUGACAGCCUCACGGCAUCAAAUCAGGGCGUCUUACCUAUUCGUUGAAAUAGCUGUGAGUGUACGAAAUGUUUACAACAUUCAGAGACAUUCGGAGGUAAAUACACCACCCUAGUUUUGUUAAAUUAUCUCAUUUCUUCUUUUGUAAAUUAGUAUUUAUCUGACAGGUUAACUGAGGGCAAUUUGUGGCAAAUUUGUCCCUGGUUCUUGCAUGCUUUGUUUCCUUUGCACAUCUGUGUUUAAAUGAUCUCGCCUUUCUUCCCUGUGAAAGCCUCUUCUCUUUUAUCCACGGAUAGAAAAGGGGGUUAAGGCAAAUUAUCAUGACAACAGUGAAAGAAAUUGGCUUUUUGGAUUGUUGUAUGUUGUUAUAAUAAAUAAAGUUUUCUUUGUAAGAGAAAUAAAAAUAAUUUUUUGCAAUGA